UACGACGCGCGGCGCCACGGUGUCCGUAAACUAGGGAGUGCAGUGUAACCACCCUUACGUUUAACGUUUUAUUUAUACCCGACUAUUUGUAUUUGGAAUUGUUUUUUUUUUCAUAAGAGGACUGUCAAGGAUUCUUGGAUAUUCGUGCCCGCGAGUCAACGGCACUGAGAAGAAAUUAAAUAGAGUGUCACUUUCGCCCGUAUAGCACGCGCACCGAAUAUUCUCACGGAGAAAUCGUGCGAAGGAAAAUUGAAAGAAAAUGCUCUUUACGACAAUAAGAAGCAAAAUAUGCGGCAGGUAAACCAUGAAAGGGUUGCGAUUCUCCAGCAAAAGUGCGAAAACUCUACCACGUGUGAGGUUAAAGUCGGAGCAUUACAGAUGUAUACUUGGCGUGCUUUGGCUGUUGGUUUGUCUCCAAGUUGUAGCAGCCAACAGACCACCGCGUUUCCUUAUCGACGGACGCUCGGAAAUUGUCAUAAGGUUGAAGGAGGGCCCUGAUACGCCUGUUGGUAGUUUAAUUUACCGGUUAAGGGGUGUUGACCCCGAUGGAGACGCUUUACGUUUUGGUAUACGGGAGCAAGUCGGUAGUGAUAUAAUAAGAAUAGAAGCCAUUUCUUCCAACGAAGCUAAUAUUUAUUUAGUUAAGGAAUUAGAUAGAGAGGUGCGUGAUGAAUAUUCGUUUGUACUCACCCUCACAGACGAACAUUUAGGUGAGGGGAACUUCAUCACGCAAAGCUUUUUGCUAUUAGUAGAGGAUGUGAAUGACAACGAACCCGUGUUCAAACCCUACCCCUCAGCGAUAACGGUCAAGGAAGACGCCCCACCAGGUGUUUUAUUUACGGUUGAAGCAACGGAUCUUGAUGAGGGAGCUUAUGGUCAAGUGUUAUACAAUCUUCAAGAACUCGACGGUGAUAUAGACAACUUUGCGAUACAAACAGUAAAUGGCAAAGGAGUUAUACGCCUAACUAAUCGUUUGGAUUACGAACGCAAGUCGUUGUACCAACUUCGAGUGCUGGCCGUAGAUCGAGCGAACCAGGGGCGUGUGAACACAGGCACUGCGGCUGUACUGGUAAAGGUUCAGGAUGUUGAAGAUCAGCCACCGGAGUUUGUUGUCGCCAGUCCUGUUACGAGGAUCAGUGAAGAUGCUUCUGUUGGAACUUCUGUUUUACAAGUGCGGGCCAUUGAUGGUGACAGAGGUAUCAACAAUCGCAUCUCGUACAGCAUCAUAUCGGGUGGAGAAGAGCACUUUGACAUUGAUAGCAGCUCGGGCACAGUGUACACAGUCAGCCCGCUAGACAGGGAGGACCCGAAUAAUAGCAAUGGAGCUUAUAUAUUAGAGAUAUUGGCUACUGAGGAGUCUCACAUGGUGUCACCUUUACCAAGUGCAACUACAGAAGUGACAGUCAUUGUCACAGAUGUGAAUGAUGAGAAGCCAAGGUUCAGGAGCCUGAGAUAUGUUGGCGAGGUGAUAGAGAACGCUCAGCAAAACACACCUAUCACAUUCUUACAGGAAGGUGUGCCAGAGGUGUUUGAUUAUGACCAGGGUAAAAAUGGAACAUUCGAACUUUAUUUAGUGGGCGACAAUGGUGUAUUUGAUGUUACCCCUUUCAAGGGUAUCAAUGAAGCAUCGUUUUUAAUAAGAGUGAGCAAUCCGUCUUACUUGGAUUAUGAGAAAGUGACUGUUAUGAAUUUCAGUAUAGUUGCCAAAGAAAUUGUAUCCAAAGAACCCAAAAUGAGUGUAGUACCAAUAAUGGUGCACAUAAAGGAUGAAAACGACAACUUUCCAGAGUUUACAGAGUCCCUAUACACCGUGUCUAUACCGGAAAAUUGUGGUGUGGGCACUACAGUUGCUUGGGUGCAGGCCUUUGACCAGGAUUCCGAUAACUACGGCACUAGAGGCAUCCGGUACACCAGUUUAGGAGGCAGCAUUGCACAUUUAUUGUUCCUCAAUCCGAUAUCAGGCGUUAUAACAGUCAAAGAAGCGGGUGACGAUAGCUUUGAUCGGGAACUGAUAUCUAGACAUUAUCUGACUGUUGAAGCAAGAGAUGAUCAGGGCAAAGGAAACCGGAACACCGUCCAACUAAUAAUAAACAUCGAAGAUGUCAACGACAACGCACCUAUGUUUCUGGCGAACAAAUACGAGGCGAGGCUAUUGGAAAAUGAAAUGGAAUUUGAAAACCCACUCGUUUUGGAAGCAAGAGAUAUCGAUUUAAAUGGUACAAAAAACAGUCACAUAGAAUAUUCGAUAGUUGGAGGCGAUUAUAAACACAACUUCUCAAUAGAUCCAAACUUAGGUAUCAUAACUCCCGUCGGAGGUCUAGAUUUUGAACAAAUACCUGGCGAUAACAGCAAUAUUCGACCGAUACAUUUAACUGUCAGGGCUCGUGACUUCGGUAUACCGGCUCUUUCAUCGACCGUACCUGUAACAAUAUACGUUCAAGACGUCAACGAUCACGCACCACUCUUCUCACAGAUGAUUUAUAAACGAUCCAUUCCUGAGGACAUGCCUGGUGGAACUAGUGUACUUGAGGUGAAAGCUCGUGAUGGUGACGGAUCAUCGCCAAACAAUCGUGUAGUGUAUCGCAUUCAGCGCGGCGCCAGCGAUAAGUUCGUGAUCGACUCUCGCACUGGACUCAUUUCCGUCGCUAACGGCUCAUCGCUGGAUCCCGAUAGAACAGAUCCGAAGAGCACCAAAUACACUCUUACUGUGGUUGCCCUUGAUGGUGGCAUAGGAGAUCAUCAACUGAGCGCAGCGGUUAUAGUCAACAUAACUAUUGUUGAUGUCAACAAUAAACCACCGAUACUGCUUGAACCUGGAAUAGUUCAUGUUGUUGAAAACGUACAGGUUGGCACAACAAUAUAUCGAGCCCAAGCUUACGAUUUGGACGAGCAGCCAGUCCUUCGAUUCGCUUUAGACAAAAUGGCAAGUUACGCCAAAAAUGAAGACGGUGUACCUGUACCUAUUACCGAGUACGAUUAUCUGUCGUUGUGGGAUUUGAACACUGUGGAUGGCUCUUUAAGGGUUGUGAAAUUGCUAGACAGAGAGAAAGUAGAAGUCAUAAAACUAACUAUCACAGUUGAAGACAUGGCCGCCAUAGAUGGUGGUCCGCUACAAACUGCGUCAUCAACUUUGACCAUAAUAGUGGGGGAUGAAAAUGACAAUAAUCCAAAAUUCAGAAAGCCCUUCUACAAGACGUCGAUCACGGAAAACUCUAAGAACGGAAUGCAUAUUGAAACUGUAAUAGCUGAUGAUGCAGAUAAGAAUCGGUCUAUGAAGUAUUUUCUUGAAGGACCCGAGGAACUACUAAAUCUAGUACACAUGGAGAGCGCGACUGGUGAAUUGGUGGUGGCAAGCAAAAUAGACCACGAAAUGCAUUCGUGGUUAAAUCUCACUGUGAAAGCGGUGGAUAACGGCCUACCUCCGCGGUAUGCUGUAGUGGAUCUGUUUAUACAGGUAUUGGACGAAAACGACAACAACCCUGUUUUCGAAAUGUCACCAUUUGAAUACCGAAUAAAAGAAGAUGCGGAACCCGGUACUACCAUAGCCAAUAUCAUAGCAAGGGAUGCUGAUUCUGGAGAGUACGGGAAAGUCACUUAUCUUCUCGACAGAGUUACUACACAGGGAAAGUUUCUUAUAAAUGCAGACACAGGAGCACUAAAAGUAUCAGAUUGGUUGGAUCGAGAAACGCAUCCUUCGUACAACCUUGUAGUAGAAGCAUGGGAUAACUAUCAGUUUGGUUACCUUAGCGGGGAGAGCAGGAAUGCUUUUAAACAAAUUAUUGUGCAAAUAGAAGACGUGAACGAUAACCCACCGAUACUCAACCUGCCAUUGGAGUGCACAACUAUUACUGAGUUUCACAAUCAUCGGGAAGCGAUCGUUUCUGUAUCGGCAACGGAUGCAGAUGAUAACAAUACGCCUAAUGGACGAGUACAGUUUCAUCUAGUAGCAGGGAAAGGACAUGAUUUAUUCCGGUUCGAGCAAGUAGGAGGCGAUGCGAAUACCGGGCGCCUUUUCGCUAAACAAUCCCUCAAAGAUAGAUUCGGCAACUACACUCUGACCGUGGAAGCGCGUGACCUUGGCAUUCCCGCUAACGUGGUGAGGGGAGAGUUACAGCUCUGUGUCACAGAUUAUAAUGAUCACGCGCCCAUAUUUGUGCACCCGCCGCAGAACGUCACCAUUAAAGUACCCGAGAACGCAACAAUAGGCACCACGGUUUUGGAGGUCCAUGCUAUAGAUGCGGACAUAGGCCCUAAUGGGGCUGUCCGGUAUAGGCUGAGACAAGAUGCCCAAGGGUCUUGGAGGGCGUUCUCCUUGCACGCUACAAGUGGGGCCUUGAGGACCGCCCGGUCACUUGAUCGAGAUAAACAGACUACGUAUCAGCUAAGAAUAGAAGCGUACGAUCUCGGUCUACCGACACCUCUCAGUUCAGACCUCGAUAUGACAAUCUACGUGCAAAACGUUGACAACUACCGUCCAAGGUUCCCAUACAAACACAUUCAUUUGAACAUCACGGAAAACGUUAAGGACUAUAAUACAUACUUGCCCAGUGUUAUAGAGAGGGAUGAAAUUGACAGAGGGGAUGAACCGGUGUUGCCUGUAUGCUAUUACAUCGUGGAGGGAAAUGAUGAUAGUAUGUUUGACCUUGACAGGAAUACGCAUCGGUUAACAUCAAAAUCUCUAGACAGAGAAGAGAAAACUCAAUAUUUGCUCACAAUACUGGCGACUGAGGAUUGUUUGGUUAGACCAGUGUAUGACGAAAACUUGCACGGUAUCAGUGCACUUAAGGUCCACGUUUUAGUAAACGAUGUUAAUGACAACAGUCCACAGUUUGCGAGCAAGAUAUUUACUGGAGGAGUCACUACCGAAGCUGAUUUUGGUAUCGAGUUCAUGCAUGUAAAGGCGAUAGAUCAAGACGAAGGUUUGAACGCGAAAAUUACGUACUACCUUAUUGGAGAUGUGAAGGAAACCUUGACGGAGGGUCUGGAGAACUUGGCGGUGUCGCCAUUUUUAGUGGGAGUCGACAGUGGCGCCGUUUCACUAAACUUCGACCCGCAGAAAGGAAUGAAGGGAUAUUUUGAUUUUAAGGUUUUGGCCAACGACACAGACGGCCUAGAAGACGAGGCUCAUGUAUUCAUAUACCUCCUUCGAGAAGAUCAGAGAGUGCGUUUCGUUCUACGCGCGCACCCCUCCGAAAUUCGCGAUAAAAUCAAUACUUUCCGCGAACAACUGGCACGUGUAACGAACACUGUCGUAAACAUCGACGAUUUGCGUGUCCAUGAAAACAAAGAUGGCUCCGUGGAUAACACUAAGACGGAUUUGUAUUUGCAUCUCGUGAAUGGAGAGGACCAUUCUGUUUUAGAAGUAGAUCAAGUAUUGAAACUUGUUGAUAAGAAUAUUGAGCAACUAGAUGAAUUGUUUAAGGAAUUCAACGUCCUGGACACACAACCGGCUGAGUUCCAGCCCCUGACAGCGGACACUUUGUCGUCCAACCAAACAGUGUACUGGCUGGUGUGGACCACGUUGUUUCUGGCCGUACUGCUGGUGCUCGCUAUUAUGAUGUGCCUGUCGCAGAGAGCGGACUUUGUCAGAAAACUGAAGGCUGCCACUGCUGCGGCCUAUUCUUCCCCGACCCCAGGCGAGUCCGACAUGACAAUACGCAGCUCCGGCGGUCGCGUGCCCAACACAAACAAGCACAGCUCCAAAGGCUCCAAUCCAAUAUGGCUUCACGCUUACGAAAACGACUGGUACAAGACCGACGACCAACUGAGUCACUCUGAAAGAGAUUCCCUCGACGAAAACGCAGUGGACCAAGACUUGUCGAACGAAAAACCAUACUUCAUCACCACAGCUGCCUUCCCGUCCAUACAAUCUGAGGCCGAUGCUGAACCGAACCCGACCAACUUCGAUUUCUACCAGCAACUCGAGCAGAUGAAAAACGCCAAAAACAUGGAAACGACUGAGUUGUAAUUUGUAGGAUUAAAUAUGUGCCUUUAUUAAAUUAUGUACCUACUUUAUAAUAUAUGUAUAUUUAUUAUAGUGAUAACGAUAGAAGUGAUUGUUGUUGUUGAAACUACGCAUACCCUAAGCUCGCUUUUAUGUGCUUUUUGUACGAUGUUACCGUCUCAUACAGCAGCAAAACUCUACAAGCGAUUCAGUGAAUGAAUGAAAGAAUUAAUACACUUAUAUUGCACACAAAAUGAAAUUACAGAAAUAAAAUAAAAAUAACACAACACAGCGUAAAAUAUUUGGCGGUCUCAUCCAUGAAACCAAUAGCAAGAUUAUUUUAAAGUCAGUGAUUUAGAUGUGAUUUGUAUUUAAACAAAAAUAUUUUAGUGUGGAUGUUGGUUUAUAUUGCUGCCAUCGGUAAUAGGAGAUAAUCUAUUUAUUUACAAGUGACAAGGUCAAAAUUAUUGUGUACGUCCAUAUUACAUAGUCCAGUUCUGUAAAAUUACUACCUUUAAUAAUAUUCCAAAUCAUUUCGGAUAUCGUUAAGAUGUUCUCUGUUCUAAAGUGAACAUAGCAUAGGCAAUAUACUUAAUAAUAUAACCCUACCAGAUUAAAAAGAAAGAUACCUAAGUAAA